UGGCAAUGGAUGUGAAACUGUCAAAAAAUCCACCUCAAAAAGACGGCGAACAAAACAAAACUGCUAAUCGAAAAUUAAAUUUUUGUAAAAUUUCAGUACAUUACGUCCAGUUCUCUGUCCAUCAAUUAUUUCAAAAUUCCGGUUCUUUGUCUCUCAUUUUCUGUAGUACAAGUGUAUCAAUUCAAAACUCUCCAAAGUGUUCCGUCACGCGGUUCGCAUUUUCCGCACGGCUCAGCAACUGGGAGCUCAAAUUUCGGCAUUCCACGUUAAGUUCUGCAAAGUCAGCGGAAACGGGUUUCCUUCCAGCGGCAGUUCCGAUGACCUGAUAGUGCAGUGUCCCGUCGCCAGUCCACAUUCUUCCAGAUGAUCCUGCUGGUGGUGUGACCCCCCGGAAAUGCUGCAAACUCUAGCCCUGCGAUGGUUCCGUCGGUACAAGGUUUUCUUCCUGAUCGGUCUGCUGAUUGUGGGAGCGCAAAUCUUCCUCGCCUAUAAGCUGCUCAAGAUUCCCGUUUCCGGCAGCGGAAGCAAUGAGGAGCGCGAUCUGAGCAAGCGGCUCUACGAGAAGUACGUUAAGAAGGUGGCCGGAUCGAACCUUUCCGCCGAUGACGAAGAUCCUGCGGGGAAUUUAGCGGAUCAACAGCAGCAGCAAGGGAAUGUCCGCGGAAAGGAGGACAGAGAAGUGCCAAGGAAGGACCAAGGCAGAACAUAUCUGAAUGUGAACGAGUUGGAGUUUGUGCCGCCAUGUGACAUUCGAAGCAAGGAAACUAUUUCGGCGGUGCACAGAGCAAAAAGUCAGUCCUGUAAAAGGCAAAUCCUGGACAUUGCUUGCGAGAUUCAGAAGGGGACGUUCUAUCCGAGAAAGUUGCCCAACUUUUGUCCGAAUGGGGAUUAUGUGCCGGAUCGGGAGUUGGGUUGCUUCCAGGAUGAGAAGAAUUUCCGCCUUUUGUCCGGCUAUUACACGAAUUUCAAAACGAACAAUUCUCCGCGACGGUGCAUUCAGCUUUGUCUGCAGUCUGGCUUUCUUUACGCCGGAGUUCAGUACUCUAGUGAAUGUUUCUGCGGAGAUGAACCCCCGAAAGCUUCGGCGAAACUGCCCGAUUCCAGUUGCAAUAUGAAAUGUUCCGGAGACCCGAAGCAAGCCUGCGGAGGAUAUUUUACGGCAAAUAUCUACGAAACCGGAAUUGCUAAAUUUACCCCACAAACGACUGAGGUAACAACCAGAGCAGGUGAAGAGCCGGUUCGAAUCGUAUUCUUGCUCACACUGAAUGGCCGUGCUCUGAGGCAGGUCAAUCGACUGUUGAAAACUCUGUACAGUCCUAGGCAUUACUAUUUCAUACAUAUCGACUCGCGUCAGGAAUACCUCUACAGAGAGUUGCUCAAAUUGGAACAACACUUCCCCAACAUUCGGCUGUCCCGGAAUCGUUGGUCCACCAUUUGGGGCGGGGCGUCAUUGCUGCAGAUGCUGCUCGGUUCCAUGGAGUAUCUGCUGAAGGAAACUCCCAGUUGGAGAUGGGACUUUGUGCUGAACCUGAGUGAAAGUGACUUUCCGGUGAAAGCGUUGGACAAAUUGACCAACUUUUUGAGUGCAAAUCGGGGGAAGAACUUUGUGCGUAGUCACGGUCGCGAAGUGCAGCGAUUUAUCCAGAAGCAGGGCUUGGAUCGGACCUUUGUGGAGUGUGAUAAUCAUAUGUGGCGCAUUGGGGAUCGCGUGCUGCCCUCGGGGAUUCAGAUCGACGGAGGAAGCGAUUGGAUUUGCUUGUCGAGACAAUUUGCCCGUUAUGUAACGGAAGGAAGGUAUGAGGAUCCACUCGUAUCCGGAUUGUUGAUUAUUUUUAGACAAACGAUACUGCCAGCGGAGUCCUUUUUUCACACGGUUCUCCGCAAUUCCGAAUUUUGCAAUACGUAUGUGGACAAUAAUUUACACGUUACCAAUUGGAAGCGACGGUUAGGCUGUAAAUGUCAGUACAAACAGAUAGUGGACUGGUGCGGAUGCAGUCCGAAUGAUUUCAAGCCAGAAGAUUGGGCCAAAUUACAAGGCACCGAAGCCAAACAGUUCUACUUUGCCAGAAAGUUUGAACCGAUUAUCAAUCAGGAAGUUAUUCUGCAGUUGGAGGAAUGGGUGAAUGGCCCUUAUCCAGCAGAUUAUCCAAAUCUUCACUCGUAUUGGCAAAACUUCUUCCAUCAUGAAGACAAACUCGUUUCUGUUGAUGGAGCUCUGUUGAAUGUAGUCCACAGUAUCCUAAGAAUCAAUGCCAAGUCGGAGUUCGGUCAAUUUCAGGAACCAUUCCGGAUACGAGAGUUGAACCAUUUCUUGGACCACGACCGUUAUCGAGGAUUUCUAAUCCUAUACGAGGCUUCCAUAGCAGACGAAACUGUCCUAUUGGAAACUCGCGCUCAGCCAACGUUUUCCGCCCAAGUGUCCAAAUCAGUUGCACUCGGUCGUCGAAUAACGCAACUCGAAGUCAGCACCGAUUUCGACCAGAAGGAACAAGUUUCCCGUAAUUUCCAAAGGGUCAUCGGUACCAAUGCUGAACUAAACCUAAUCUUCCGAUUGGCCGGAUCGCGAGCCGAAAAGAACACCACCAGCUACGCGUUGACCAUUCUGUGGCUGGAUCCCAAAGGCGAACUGGCCGAUACGAGUGAAUUGAACAUUGAGGACACGCCUUCCGGUCCAUCAGAGAACUUGAUCCAUUUCAGCAAAGCUGCCAAUUUGAAGCCACCUCUGUUAGCGGGAAUUUGGACUGCCAAAUUAAUCCACAAGAAGGUCUUGCUGGGAGUAACACGCUUCCUAGUCGUGAACAGUACGCUGAUGGGAGUGGAUGUUCCCAGUGCAAAUGAAACUACCAAAGAGCAACAGCUUCAAGAGCAGAUCGAUCAGCUAGAUAGGUUAGUGCAACAGUUUUUUAACUUUAAGGAAACCUGCUGGGUGGGGAAGGAAGGAGCAGAACGGCGAGUGGCUCGUCCAGAAGGUUUAGAAGACUGCAGCAAAGCGAACUGGAGUAGCUUCGCGUCGGAUCCGAAAAGCGAUAUCUACGCAGCAGCGACCAACAGAUAUAUCGAAGGAGGGAUGGGAUUUAUGUAAGAUAAUAAGCAUUUAAAAUCGCUUAGGUAGUAAGUUUUCUCUGUUGAUGGUUUUAUUUGGUUGUGUUUUAACUGUGUAAAGAAGAUUAGAAACAAAACAGUAAAUUUUGUUUGUGCCAUUUGCGUUUGCGUACAGCUGAACUCAUGAGAGCUGUGCUUCGUUCCAACCAAUUCUAUUUGAGUAAAACUCAAUUUUAUAUCAUUUUUAAACGGAUCGCUUUUAAUCAGUUGAAUCUUACUUUGUUUUAUCAUUUUAAGUGAUUUUAGUUACAGAAGCUACCCAUAUGUAGGAUAGAAAGAAGAAACAGAGCUAUUAGGCGAUAGUAAUAUUGCAGAAUCGAUAAAAAUGUUAUACCAAAAAACCUUCUAAGAGUUCAGAUAAUGUUGUCCAAGUUUUACUUUAAAAAAUUCUUCUAAGAUACUCUUUCCAUUUGAUUACUCGUCUUUCAAUUAAUUCUCGCUCUUGUAAAUAACAUUUUCUCAUUUCUGACGAAUCAAAAUCUUGGAAUAGAUUAAGAUCAAAGUAUUUCGAAAGCAUUAUAAUAUUUAAAAAGCAUUCGAUUGUUGCAUUUCAAGCCGUACUCAUUUCGCAAAUGUGAUAAAAUUUCCGCUUUAUUUCCUCGUAAGUAUCUUAUACUCAACUUCAGGAAAAAACGAUAACGAUUGUUUGUCAUCAUCAUUUAGGUACCAUAUUAAUAAAAGCUGUUCGUCAAAUCAGUCAGAUCGAAUCGUUAAUAAAAAUGUACAAGAAUGUAUUUUCGAAAACAA